AUUAACUAAAAAGUCAAUAACCUCAUCAUCUUCAUCAUCAUCAUCAUCUGCAUCUUCUCUUAACUCAACCACAGUUAACCUCACCUCAUCACACAACCCGCGCCACCCUCUCUCUCUUUCUCUCUCUCACACACCCACACUAAAAUCCUUACACUGUUACUACUCGUGACAACCUCACCUCACCAGCAUAUAUAUACAUUUCCGUCACCGGUGACUGUCACUGUCAUUCUAUCCUCUCAAAUCCCGUUACAGAUCUCUAACAGAAUUUUUGUUAUGACGGAAUCAGGAAAAAUCGGAGUAAUAAUAAAACUAAUUGAUGUUGUUAAUGAGAUUUCCGGUAUAACAGAUUACCGGAAUACGGUUAGGAAACCGUUUUUUAACCUAGCUAGACGGUUAAAGCUGUUAAGUCCGUUAUUUGAGGAGAUUCGUGAUGUUAAAGAUGUGAUUAAUGAUAAUGAUGAUCAUGAUUUGUAUCAGUCCUUGCUUUUGUUAUUGCAAAGCUUUGAAUCUGCUAAACAGCUCCUCAAAUUGGGUAGUGAAGCUAGCAAAAUCUAUCUGGCCCUGGAGAAGGAAGAGAUCAUGAAAAAAUACCAGGAAGUUACAGCUCGUUUGGAAAAAGAUUUAGAGGGCAUUUCUUUGGAGAAACUUGACAUAUCAGACGAAGUUAAAGAACAGGCCGCUCUUGUGAUUGCUCAAUUUAAAAGAGCCAAAGGAAGAACUGAUGCACCAGACAUUGAACUGAGUGAAGAUCUUUCAUCCCUUUACAACAAGGGUACUGAAGUGGUAGCUGAUCCGGAAGUCUUAAAAAGAUUAAUUGAGAAAUUGCAACUAACCGGAAUUAAUGACCUUACUGACGAAUCGAUAACUUUGCAUGAAAUGGUGACUGCCAGUGAUGGAGAUCCCGGGGAGACUAUAGAAAAGAUGUCAAUGCUGCUAAAACGAAUCAAAGAUUUUGUACAAACCGAGAAUCCAAAUGUGGAUUUACCACCUGGAGAAACUUCUGCUCCAUCGAAUACAAAUGAUCAAAGAACUUCAUUGAAAAACCACAAGAAUACAGUUAUACCCGAUGAUUUUCGCUGUCCUAUAUCACUUGAGUUGAUGAAGGAUCCCGUUAUUGUCUCAACGGGGCAGACAUACGAGCGAACAUGUAUAGAGAAAUGGUUGGAACAAGGACACCGGACAUGUCCCAAGACACAACAAAACCUAACGAGCACCGCUCUCAUACCAAACUAUGUGCUACGCAGUCUAAUAGCCCAAUGGUGUGAGACCAACGGAAUAGACCCACCAAAACGAGCAAGUCGGUCAUCUUCCGCAUGCACCCCAGCAGAAAGGUCCAUUAUAAAUGUGCUACUCACCAAGCUAAGGUCAGUCAGUCCUGAUGACCAACGUACAGCUGCUGGUGAAAUCCGUCUCCUUGCAAAACGUAACGCUGAUAACCGUGUAGCCAUAGCCGAAGCCGGUGCCAUUCCGCUCCUGACCCACCUUUUAAUUGCACCAGAUUCCCGCACUCAAGAACACGCAGUGACCGCUCUUCUUAACCUUUCCAUAUGUGAGGAUAAUAAAGGAAGCAUAGUAUCUUCUGGAGCAGUUCCUGGGAUUGUUCAAGUGCUAAGAAAAGGUAGCAUGGAAGCACGGGAGAACGCGGCCGCCACCCUUUUUAGCCUUUCAGUAAUCGAUGAAAAUAAGGUGACUAUUGGCUCUCUAGGAGCAAUCCCGCCUCUUGUACUGCUUUUAAUUGAAGGCACCCAAAGAGGAAAGAAAGAUGCUGCUACUGCCUUAUUUAACUUGUGUAUAUAUCAAGGCAAUAAAGGCCGCGCAGUGAGGGCGGGUGUAAUUACUACAUUAAUGGAGCUUCUGACCGAGCCACAAGGUGUGAUGAAAGAUGAAGCUUUAGCCAUCUUAGCCAUCCUCUCAAGCCAUCCUGAAGGAAAAGUAGCUAUAGGUAAAGCAGACGCAGUACGGGUUUUGGUUGAUUUCAUUGGGUCUGGUUCUCCAAGGAACAAAGAAAAUGCAGCUGCAGUUUUAGUGCAUCUUUGUUCAGGAGAUCACAAGUAUCUAGUGGAAGCUCAGGAGCUGGGAGUGAUGGGGGUACUAAUGGAUUUGCUACAUAAUGGUACAGAUAGGGGGAAAAGAAAGGCGGCACAGUUGCUGGAAAAGAUAACGAGAUUUACAGAGCAACAAAAGUUACAUCAUGGUGAAACCGAAUCAAACAACUCAUAGUUGGUUUUUUUUUUUUUAAUUUUGUUGAGGUAAAGGUUUGGUACAUUGUUGUACUUUUAAGUUCAAUGUUGUUUUUUUCUUCCAUUGAAAUGUAGAAAAAGGGGGAAAGGUGGAAGAUCACCAUCCCCCACCCCCUUUGUUUCCAUAUUGUUUUUAAUUUAAAUCUUUUAAGUUAUGAGGAUCAA